GAAUUGACGAGCCACCACUGGGAGACUCACCCCGAAUGCGCGGCGAGACGUCCGCCGCGACGUCAUUCUCCAACACUCAAUGAAUUUUGUUAUUUCGCGAGUAGCGAGCUUAAAAACAGUGCUAGGAACUUAUUAAAGAUGACCAGUGUUCAGCCCAACAAAAGUGCCGAAAAAGAAUUCAUCAUUCAACGUGUGGAAGGUUUGCUGCAAUCAUGGAAUCCCACAUCGGACUAGCAUACGGCAGAGGUGUCCGCUGCAUCUGGAGGUGAAGAUACCGAGGAAAUGGGCUCAGCGGAUGCCAAUCCUUUACGAAAUGGCUGCGAUGACAUCUGGACAUGGGACAGAAGGGAGAAAAGUCCAGAGGUCAGACUGCAUGGUCCAGGUCUUCGCAUAGCACAUUUUCAUCCAAACUGGAGUAGCGGUACUGCCGGGGUGAGAGGCACUAGAGUACUUAAUAAUGGACGAUAUUUCUGGGAGUUGCAUUUAUCAAGGAGGAUCUUUGGAACUAGUAUGAUGUUUGGUAUAGGUACGAAGAAAGCCCGUCUUCACGCAGACUCGUUCACGAACCUCUUAGGCAAAGAUAACCAAGGCUGGGGCCUAUCCCACAAGGGACUUCUCUGGCACAGCGGUAGAUGGACCCACUACACCAAACCAUUUCGAGAAAACGUCCCCACCAAAAUAGGUAUUCUCUUCGACGGUAUAGCGGGUACCAUAACGUACUACAAAGACGAAAAAUGCCUCGGAAUAGCCUUUAGGGGCUUGAACGAGAUUAAAGAGCCCCUCUACCCAAUCAUAUGUUCAACAGCAGCUAAGACUGAAAUGCUUCUAGACUCGAUGAAAAGAGACUUCGUCAAUCUUCAAGACAGAUGUAGAGCGGUCAUAGUUAAGGGAAUAAAAAACAAAGAAGACUUAGAGAAAUUGUGUCUGCCUCCUAAAAUCAGACAGUACUUAGGAGAAGCCAUUCCUGACGUAGUUCAGCCGUUCAAGCCAGUUAAUCAGAAUGUUGAGAAUUUAGGAAAUAUUUGAUCUUUUUGUAUGACCAUAAGUGAAUCUAUAGCUUCGUGAAUUUUGUAUCUUGUGCCAUUUUAAUUAUCAUAACAAACCUCUAUGACUGUUUCAACUGAAAAUUAUCGUUUAUUAACGGUUAUAACUAAAAAUGAGAGCUUUUACUAAUAGCAUCACUAAGAAAAAUUAACAAGACAAUCUAAAACGUCGCCAAAAUGGUAAAGCACAUGUUUAUUUGGGACAUCUUUAGUACUUAAACAAAUUUAAGGGUGUUUAUUUUGUUUAAAUUACAUUAAUAAUAAUUAUAAAACUUGGAUAACGUAUACCAGGUAGUGAAUCGUCAAACGGACCAUAGGAAACUCAAUGAAGAAAAGCCUGUCUGGAAAGUCUGGAAGCCCAAAUGUGGUGCGUUUAAUUGUUAUUAACAAAGUAUGGUAAAAUUAGGUGUUUUUCAGGUAUUAUUAGAAGCCCUGUAAAUAAAUUGAUAGUGUUAAGGUCUUCUCUGGUGUAUUUUUGGUCGCUGAAUCGAAUGCGACUAGUCGCGAUUACUCAAAAUAUGUUCUUAUUUUGUUAAUAACAAAAUAAUUGUUUAUUCGCCGAAAAGCUGGAAAUGCGUUAUCUACAGCAAGUUUGUAGUCAUUUUCACAGUAUUUUUAUACGCUAAAUCGAUUGUCACUAGUCGUGAUAGCUUAAACCACGUUCCGACCUUGUUAUUAAUAAAUUAUUGCAAAAAUAACGGUUUAUAGUACGUUCACUCAAGGUUUUUGCUCUAAAUUUUAAAAAACCACUUGGAAUGACAUGGAAUUUGACAUACACGUAGCUAACAUGUCAAACAAAACGAGUGAUAUUGUGCCGAUGUGCUUUUACCCUGGGGGUGAAUUUCACCCCGUUUCGGGGAUGAAAAAAGAAACCUUUAAAAUAAGUCCGCAAUUGGAUAAACUAGUUCUAAGCAACUUUUAUUCUAUAGAGCGAGUUAUUUGCGAGUGAAUAUGUUCAUUUUUCAACAAACCAAAUAUGUAACUCGAAAAGUAUUGACUUAGUGAAAAAACUGUAUAGAACAAAAGUUGCUUAGAAUUAAUCAGUUUAUCCACUUCCGGACUUAUUUUAAAGGUUUCUUUUUUCAUUCCUCAAAAGGGGUGAAACUCACUAUUACUUGUUUUGUUUGAUAUAUUACCUACGUGUAUGCCAAAUUCCAUGUCAAUCCAAGCGGUUUUUUAAGAUUUAGAGCAAAAACCGUGAGUAAACGUACUACAAACCGUUAUUUUUGCAAUAAUUUAUUAAUAACAAAGUCGGAACGUGGUUCCGACACCAGUUACCAAAGCCACCUGGUCGUAUUACAAAAUAACUCCAAAAUAAUCAUAAUUAAAAAUGUCCUAAAUUGUGGGUGGCAAAUUCAUGUGGCUCUAAAAAAUGAACCAAUGCAGAUUUUGACAUGAAACAAAAAACACAAUACUUUGGAGACAUGGUUGCAAUCGAAAAAUAAUGUUUUACAAAAAUUUGCAAACGGAAUUAUUCCACAGGAUGUUUCAAAAUUAGGAUAAAAACCACCUUUCGAUUAACCCUGUAUAAUAAGUCGAAUACAAAACUUGAUUAAAAAACUCACUAUACCAAAUUCAAAUUUAUAAAUUUUUACACAAUGUGCUAAAAAAAAUCAUCAAAAUAUGGCUAAAAAUAAAAAAACUGAAAUACUUUGAAUUUGACCAAAAUUUUGUCCGUUGCGUUUUUUUGCAUCGGAGUGUAUUAUUGAUGUCCAUACUACCCAAAAAAUUUGGUUUCGGCCUGGAGGGGGUUGUGUCACCAACAGGAUAUUUUUUUUCCUUAUUUCUCUGAACUAAGUAGGCUAAAACCCACGAAGGGUUGUACAACAUACUCUGGCAAAUGUACCUAUUAUAUUUUUGCAAAAUCUUGGAAUGUGUUUAAUUCGUAGAAUAAUUUUUUAGCAUAUGUCUACGAUACAAAUUUCAGUCAUCUACAAGUAGUUUCUCAUCACUUUUGAUGUAAAAUAAUUAGAGAAACAGGUUUAGAAUUCCCCAUUGAGUUUCCUAUAGCAUGUUUGAAUAUUCACCACCCGGUUUAUUCCAUUUCCAUCUAAUGCUUAUAGGUAACCAAUACAGCUAUAAGAAAAUUUUAAAAGUAUACAAUUAUUUUUUCUAACUCACCAUUUUUUCUUAAUUUGUAUUUUUGACAUAUAUCCUGACACAUAUUUCACGAUUAUUUCUAUGCUUUAUUCAUUAAAAACAAGAAGUGACUCAAUUCUCUAGUUAAAAUGAUAUUUCUGGAUAUAUGUAUCUGGAAGUACAAAAGCUUAAAAUACACACAUCUGAAAUACAUUUAAAGUUUAUGAUUAAGUGAUAGUUUCAUGUAUGAUGCUUCAUACUAAAGAGACAUUCCAUAAAUCGUUUCAGUAGACAAAAUUCAUUAAAUAGACAUUUACUUAUGUACAUAUCUUUGUAAGAUUUAAAUAUGUUGCUGAUUUGUAACGUGGAUGAUAAGAUGUAGUUUUUUUUUGGUGGGACAUCGUAUUUCUAUGUCUUUUCUUAGCUCUCUGUCUUCAAGUAUACAAGCGGAUCGCACCAUUUUCAACUAUAGAACAAAGAACAAGCCUCUCACAUUUUGCAGAGAGUGCACUGUACUUAGGGUUUUCUAAGAUCGACCAUUGUCAGAUGUCAAUUUCUAUUUCGAGCCAUUUUCUUUUCGAUUAUUUGCGAUAGAAAAGACGUGGUCUAUUGUCGAAUGUUAGCCGAUAUUCAGUUUGCUUUUCUGCGUCCAUUUCCUAGUAAUCCUGUCUAUACAGGGUGUUAGUAAAUAAGUAUGAAAAACUUUAAGGGAUAAUUCUACAUGAAAAAAUAAUGACAGUUUGCUCUAUAAAUGUAUGUCCGCAAAUGCUUCGUUUCCAAGAUACGGGGUGUUGAAAUUUUGUUUCAAACUACGAAUUUUUUUAUUGCUCUAAGACCUUUUAAGCUAUGAAAAUUAAAUUUGGUGCCCCAAUAUAAUAAUGCCAAACUAGAACAAUAACAAAAUAUUCCUAAAAAGAUUUUACCUUUCAAAAUUACCUCCUUUAAAGGUGACAGAGUAAUUGUCAUCAUUGGCGCGCGUACGAGUAAUGGCCCGAAUUUUUUAAAGAAAAAAAUAGUACGCCACUGAGAUAUGUCAAAUUAAAAAUCAUUUUUGAAUUCCUCGUUCAAUUUACGACAAAAAAUCGUUUUCGUCUUUUUUUCAUGAGGCGCCGUUUUUAUGCAAAAAAAUAAAAUAUCUUAACGUUUACAAAGUAUUUGAAAUAAGUUUCUAUGCAUAUUGAAUCUACCUCGAAUAAUUUGUAAGCGUUAAGAUGUUUUAUUUUUUUGUAUAAAAACGGCGCUGCCUAUGAAAAAAGACAAGAAUAAUUUUUGUCGUAAAUUGAACGAGGAGUUCAAAACUGAUUUUUAAUUUAACUUUUCUCAGCGGCGUACUAUUUUUUUUCUUUAAAAAAUUCAGACCAUCACCUGUACGGACGCCAAUGGUAAAUAUAAAAUUAUACUGUCACCUUUAAAGGAGGUAAUUUUGAACAUUUGUUGUAGCUUUGCACCUAGUUAAAAUAUUUUUAGUAAUAUUUUCUGUUAUUGUUCUACUUUGCUAUUAUUAUAUUAGAGAGUUCUUGAUAAUGUAUUAAGAAAUGAAAAAUACACUCGAAAUGUUUUAUUUUUUCGCAUAAAAACGGUGCACCAUAGGAAAAAAAUACAAGAAAGGUUCUUUUUCAUAAAUUAAACGUGGAAUACAAAAAUAUAUUUGAAUUUGAAAUACCUCAGUGGCGUACCAUUUUUUUCUUUAAAAAAAUUCAGACCAUUACCCGUAGGCGCGCCAAUGAUGAAUAUAAAAUUGUUAUUUGUUUGCCAAAAAAUGCGCAAUAACUACCUCUUGAAACCCACCAAAUGUAAUUUUCAUAUCUCAACCGGUCUUAGAGCAAUAAAAAAAUUGGCAGUUUGAAAUAAAAAUUUCAACACACUGUAUCUCGGAAACAAAGCAUUUGCGGACAUACGUUUAUAGAGCAAACUGCCAUUAUUUUCUCAUGUAGAAUUAUCCCUAAAAGUUUUUCAUACUUAUUUACUAACACCCUGUAUAUUUUUUUAUUUUCUGUAUCUUCCCUCCUCUCUCUCCAAUGGCACCACAGUCCAAAUCGAGCCUUAUGAUUUUUGAUCUCCAGUGUGUGUUUUUGGAGUUUCUUUAGGUUCCGUCUUUAAUGAAAGUUGGUGAUGCCUUUUACAGUUUUCCAGACGUCGUAACGAGCUAAUUGUCAGCGUCAACUUCCAUGUCAUAUAAUAAGAUACUGUGUAUACAGGGUGCGCCAAACCUCUGGUUUUCUUUGAUUACGGCUAAAUUAUGGGAUACACAAAAAAAUGUUUUAAACAAAAUUAAUGUAUAUCGAAGCCGUCUACAAUUUAAAAUUAUUUUCGAUUAUACAGGGUGAGUCAGAACGACGGUACGAACCAAAGUUGUUUUUUUUUUAAUGGAACACCCUAUAUAUUAAAUCACUUUUAAAUAUAUUUUUUUAAAUAUUAAGAAUUUAUAUAAGGUAUUAUAGGCCUAAAGUUAACAAUUUUCGAAAUAUUUACACUUUUAUUGAGAAAAAUGGUAAUAUUCAAAGGGCUGUGAAUUAGGCGCUGAAGGUAAUAAAAAUUUAAAUCACAUGUCAAAGUUUUUUUAGUGUACUGUUAUUGUUAAAUAAAUUAAAAUAUUUGACAUAUAGCCAUAAAAUAUACAGUGUGAUCACUAUUUGCAAAUACAAAAUUUUCUCAUUUUUUUAAAUGGGACACCCUCUAUAUUAGUAUUGCCUUUUGUAGUAAAUAUUACAGCCUUUCUUUUGGUAUAAGGUUGUAUGUACCUAGCAUGUUCCGUUUUGUAGAUAUUCAAAUAAAACUAUAGAUUUUACGUUUUUGCGGAUUUUUUAUUAAAAAAUUUUUUUGCAAAAAAAAUUAUAAUCUGGCUUUAGAAACAUACAUUAAAAUAUCAAAUAUGAAAAAAAAAACGUAAUUAAAGAUUAAAAUAGAUCAUAAUAUACUAGUACAAUUCAAUUGAAUUUAAUAUCUUAAAAUUAUUUUACAAAAAAUAUUUUACCAUACUAAUGAAUGCAUAAAUUAGUUACUAAUUAAAUAAACAACCAAAUUUGAUAUCUACCCUAGUAAUUUUUCUACCACAGCUACUUUCCUCUACCAAAUUAAUUGUUAGUUAUAUUGUAUUGACGAGUAAGAUCAGUUAAACUUUUAAUUUACCUUUUAAAACUUACAUCUUGAGAACAUAAUAAUUAUAAAGUAUACUUUGAAACAAAUGAAUGUUAAAUGUAUUAGUCAAAUUAUAUAUUAAUAUAAAUAGUAUUAACUAGUGUCACAAAAGCUGGUAACACUUUUGUAGUUGAAAUUUUUGAAAUAAUUUUUGUAUUUUAAAUUUUAAUUUUUCAACCGAACAAUUGGUGGAUAUGACAUUUAUUUUGGGCGAAACCAUUAGAAAUUAUUAUCAGCUUUUGUGACACGACUACAUAGAUACUAUUUACUUUAUAAUAUACUUCCAUAACGUUCAUUUGUUUCAAAGCAUACUUUAUACGUUCUCAAGAUGUAGGUAAAUUAAAAAGUUAUUGACUGAUCUUACUUGUAAAUACAAUUUAACUACCAAAAUUGGGUACAAUAAAGUUACUAGGGUAGAAAAAUUUCUAGGGUAGAUUUUAAAAUUGGUUGUUUAAUUUAAUAAUUAAUUUAUCCAUGUUAAUUACUUAUUAGUAUGGUAAAAUAUUGUUUGUUACAUAAUUUUAAAGUUAUUAAAUUCAAUUAAGUUGCACCUGAAUACGUUUUAUUUUAAUCUUUAAUUACGUUCUUAUUUUCAUCUUAUGAUAUUUUAGUGUAUGUUUCUAAAAUCAAAUUAUAAUUUUUUUUUGGAAAAAACAUUAAUUAAAGUUAUCGCGGAUAUAAAAUAUCCUCGAAACGUAAAAUCUAUAGUUCUUUUUUAAAUAUUUACAAAACCAAACAUGCUAUGUCCAUACAACCUGAUACCAAAAGAAAGGUUGUAAUAUUUACUACAAAAUACAAUACUAAUAUACAGGGUGUUCCGUUUAAAGAAAAUGAGAAAAUUUUGUAUUUGCAAAUAGUGAUCACACUGUAUAUUUUAUGGCUAUAAGUAAAAGAUAUUACAUUAUUUAAAAAUACCACUAUCUUAUAAAAACUUUGACCUACCACUUAAAUUUUUAUUACAUUGGAAACAUAAUCCACAGCCCUAUAAAUAUUACCAUUUUUCUCAAUAAAAAUGUAAAUAUUUCGAAAAUUAUUAACUUUAGGCCUAUAAGACCUUAUACAAAUUUUUCAUAUUUUUAAAAAGUAUAUUUAAAAAUGAUUUAAUAUAUAGGGUGUUCCAUUUAAAAAAACACAACUUUGGUUCGUACCGUCGUUCUGACUCAAGAUCUAAGACCUUUUAAGCUAUGAAAAUUAAAUUUGGUGCCCCAAUAUAAUAAUGCCAAACUAGAACAAUAACAAAAUAUUCCUAAAAAGAUUUUACCUUUCAAAAUUACCUCCUUUAAAGGUGACAGAGUAAUUGUCAUCAUUGGCGCGCGUACGAGUAAUGGCCCGAAUUUUUUAAAGAAAAAAAUAGUACGCCACUGAGAUAUGUCAAAUUAAAAAUCAUUUUUGAAUUCCUCGUUCAAUUUACGACAAAAAAUCGUUUUCGUCUUUUUUUCAUGAGGCGCCGUUUUUAUGCAAAAAAAUAAAAUAUCUUAACGUUUACAAAGUAUUUGAAAUAAGUUUCUAUGCAUAUUGAAUCUACCUCGAAUAAUUUGUAAGCGUUAAGAUGUUUUAUUUUUUUGUAUAAAAACGGCGCUGCCUAUGAAAAAAGACAAGAAUAAUUUUUGUCGUAAAUUGAACGAGGAGUUCAAAACUGAUUUUUAAUUUAACUUUUCUCAGCGGCGUACUAUUUUUUUUCUUUAAAAAAUUCAGACCAUCACCUGUACGGACGCCAAUGGUAAAUAUAAAAUUAUACUGUCACCUUUAAAGGAGGUAAUUUUGAACAUUUGUUGUAGCUUUGCACCUAGUUAAAAUAUUUUUAGUAAUAUUUUCUGUUAUUGUUCUACUUUGCUAUUAUUAUAUUAGAGAGUUCUUGAUAAUGUAUUAAGAAAUGAAAAAUACACUCGAAAUGUUUUAUUUUUUCGCAUAAAAACGGUGCACCAUAGGAAAAAAAUACAAGAAAGGUUCUUUUUCAUAAAUUAAACGUGGAAUACAAAAAUAUAUUUGAAUUUGAAAUACCUCAGUGGCGUACCAUUUUUUUCUUUAAAAAAAUUCAGACCAUUACCCGUAGGCGCGCCAAUGAUGAAUAUAAAAUUGUUAUUUGUUUGCCAAAAAAUGCGCAAUAACUACCUCUUGAAACCCACCAAAUGUAAUUUUCAUAUCUCAACCGGUCUUAGAGCAAUAAAAAAAUUGGCAGUUUGAAAUAAAAAUUUCAACACACUGUAUCUCGGAAACAAAGCAUUUGCGGACAUACGUUUAUAGAGCAAACUGCCAUUAUUUUCUCAUGUAGAAUUAUCCCUAAAAGUUUUUCAUACUUAUUUACUAACACCCUGUAUAUUUUUUUAUUUUCUGUAUCUUCCCUCCUCUCUCUCCAAUGGCACCACAGUCCAAAUCGAGCCUUAUGAUUUUUGAUCUCCAGUGUGUGUUUUUGGAGUUUCUUUAGGUUCCGUCUUUAAUGAAAGUUGGUGAUGCCUUUUACAGUUUUCCAGACGUCGUAACGAGCUAAUUGUCAGCGUCAACUUCCAUGUCAUAUAAUAAGAUACUGUGUAUACAGGGUGCGCCAAACCUCUGGUUUUCUUUGAUUACGGCUAAAUUAUGGGAUACACAAAAAAAUGUUUUAAACAAAAUUAAUGUAUAUCGAAGCCGUCUACAAUUUAAAAUUAUUUUCGAUUAUACAGGGUGAGUCAGAACGACGGUACGAACCAAAGUUGUUUUUUUUUUAAUGGAACACCCUAUAUAUUAAAUCACUUUUAAAUAUAUUUUUUUAAAUAUUAAGAAUUUAUAUAAGGUAUUAUAGGCCUAAAGUUAACAAUUUUCGAAAUAUUUACACUUUUAUUGAGAAAAAUGGUAAUAUUCAAAGGGCUGUGAAUUAGGCGCUGAAGGUAAUAAAAAUUUAAAUCACAUGUCAAAGUUUUUUUAGUGUACUGUUAUUGUUAAAUAAAUUAAAAUAUUUGACAUAUAGCCAUAAAAUAUACAGUGUGAUCACUAUUUGCAAAUACAAAAUUUUCUCAUUUUUUUAAAUGGGACACCCUCUAUAUUAGUAUUGCCUUUUGUAGUAAAUAUUACAGCCUUUCUUUUGGUAUAAGGUUGUAUGUACCUAGCAUGUUCCGUUUUGUAGAUAUUCAAAUAAAACUAUAGAUUUUACGUUUUUGCGGAUUUUUUAUUAAAAAAUUUUUUUGCAAAAAAAAUUAUAAUCUGGCUUUAGAAACAUACAUUAAAAUAUCAAAUAUGAAAAAAAAAACGUAAUUAAAGAUUAAAAUAGAUCAUAAUAUACUAGUACAAUUCAAUUGAAUUUAAUAUCUUAAAAUUAUUUUACAAAAAAUAUUUUACCAUACUAAUGAAUGCAUAAAUUAGUUACUAAUUAAAUAAACAACCAAAUUUGAUAUCUACCCUAGUAAUUUUUCUACCACAGCUACUUUCCUCUACCAAAUUAAUUGUUAGUUAUAUUGUAUUGACGAGUAAGAUCAGUUAAACUUUUAAUUUACCUUUUAAAACUUACAUCUUGAGAACAUAAUAAUUAUAAAGUAUACUUUGAAACAAAUGAAUGUUAAAUGUAUUAGUCAAAUUAUAUAUUAAUAUAAAUAGUAUUAACUAGUGUCACAAAAGCUGGUAACACUUUUGUAGUUGAAAUUUUUGAAAUAAUUUUUGUAUUUUAAAUUUUAAUUUUUCAACCGAACAAUUGGUGGAUAUGACAUUUAUUUUGGGCGAAACCAUUAGAAAUUAUUAUCAGCUUUUGUGACACGACUACAUAGAUACUAUUUACUUUAUAAUAUACUUCCAUAACGUUCAUUUGUUUCAAAGCAUACUUUAUACGUUCUCAAGAUGUAGGUAAAUUAAAAAGUUAUUGACUGAUCUUACUUGUAAAUACAAUUUAACUACCAAAAUUGGGUACAAUAAAGUUACUAGGGUAGAAAAAUUUCUAGGGUAGAUUUUAAAAUUGGUUGUUUAAUUUAAUAAUUAAUUUAUCCAUGUUAAUUACUUAUUAGUAUGGUAAAAUAUUGUUUGUUACAUAAUUUUAAAGUUAUUAAAUUCAAUUAAGUUGCACCUGAAUACGUUUUAUUUUAAUCUUUAAUUACGUUCUUAUUUUCAUCUUAUGAUAUUUUAGUGUAUGUUUCUAAAAUCAAAUUAUAAUUUUUUUUUGGAAAAAACAUUAAUUAAAGUUAUCGCGGAUAUAAAAUAUCCUCGAAACGUAAAAUCUAUAGUUCUUUUUUAAAUAUUUACAAAACCAAACAUGCUAUGUCCAUACAACCUGAUACCAAAAGAAAGGUUGUAAUAUUUACUACAAAAUACAAUACUAAUAUACAGGGUGUUCCGUUUAAAGAAAAUGAGAAAAUUUUGUAUUUGCAAAUAGUGAUCACACUGUAUAUUUUAUGGCUAUAAGUAAAAGAUAUUACAUUAUUUAAAAAUACCACUAUCUUAUAAAAACUUUGACCUACCACUUAAAUUUUUAUUACAUUGGAAACAUAAUCCACAGCCCUAUAAAUAUUACCAUUUUUCUCAAUAAAAAUGUAAAUAUUUCGAAAAUUAUUAACUUUAGGCCUAUAAGACCUUAUACAAAUUUUUCAUAUUUUUAAAAAGUAUAUUUAAAAAUGAUUUAAUAUAUAGGGUGUUCCAUUUAAAAAAACACAACUUUGGUUCGUACCGUCGUUCUGACUCACCCUGUAUAAUCGAAAAUAAUUUUAAAUUAUAAACGGUUUUGAUGUACAUUAGUUUUGUUAAAGCUAUUUUUUUUUUGUAUAUCCCAUAGUUUAGCCGUAAUCAAAGAAAACCAGAGGUUUGGCGCACCCUGUAUAGCAUUUACAUAGCAAGGACAUAUUAUGAGCGAGUGAAAAAUAGGCUUUGUUUCCUUUUAUUAUUAUUCUUUGAGUUUUCGGUUCUUCUGGAUCCAUUCGUGCUUAAUGCUUAAACUUUCUACAGUUUUUUUUUUCUCUGAUUUUGGCCUUGGUUUAGAACUAGAACCUUUAGCCACGUAAUUGUAUAACUUAUCACUAAGUCAGGGGAGUAAUAAUGUGUAGUGUGUGUGUUGAGUAAGUGUCUUGUUACUUUGCAAAGUUGACGUCAUUUUUUUUAAUAUCGCCAAACUUUCUACAGUUUUAAUAUCGCCUUAUAAUUCAACUCUGCGUUUCCCCUAGGUCUUGCAUGUGUUAGUAUUUUUGUCUUUUGAAUAUCUUUUCCUUGUAUGGUUUUUUGCCCUGUUUUUAAUUGUGAGUAGGUAUAGUUCUGCCACCUCUGCCGAUCUGAGACCUAACACUGAUGUCGUCGGCAAAAGCGGCAAUCUGUAUUGAUUUAUUUGUUAGCAAAUUAGCUCUUCGUAUAUUCAACCCACUUAUCACGUGUUCUAGAGACAGGUUGAAUAUCAUACUGUACGUAAAGUAUCUUAGAUCCUUUGCCACUUUAUUUUGACAAAAACAAGUUGAUAUGCUGUUUAAUGAAUUUUCUGUGAUUAUAUUAAUAUAAGAGUCUAAUUAGACUAAUUGUAUAUUUAACCUGCUUUUCUUGUGAUUGUUAAUUCACAAGUAAUUUUGUACAAACCUUUUAAUCGGACGAAAGGCCAGUGGUGUCAUGUUACCUUAAAAAUUGUAAAAAGUAAAUAUAUUCAAACAUUUUAGGAUUAUCGUGCAUAUAUUAGGAAUACAAAGAUCUAUCAAAGUUCGCCUAUAUUCAUACUUUAUUUAUUUGCUAAUUCAUACACAUUGCUUAAUGUUAAGUUCCUUCUUCAAAAAACUUUUGUCUAUGUCGGAAUUGGGUGAGUUUUAACAAUAUUGCGUGGAUUUUUACAUUUUGACUGAAAAUCUGCUAUUCGCUCCGUGCAUGACUGACGAGACACCUAGCGUAGUCGUCUGACAUAUUUGGCGACCACAAUUUGACGUUAAGCAUAUGACAUACACACAUCGGCAAAAUUAACGGGACACCUUAAAAAUGGGACAUGUUAAUGUCUCGAAUUUCCUAAACCCGUUGUCCGAUUUUAGUCAUUUUCAAGUAGGUCAUAGCCUUAUACUUUAACAAUAUCGCUGUAAUAUUGUUGCUAAACAGGUAAACUUUCAUUGUAUACCGAGUGGACCAAUCAAACUGUCUUUUUCUUAAAGUUCACAACACUCUGUGGAAUAUUCUAGCAUUCAUAAAAUGCUGAAAUUAAAACCCAACUAUAACCCAUGCUUAUAUUGGAUAAUAAAAAAAGUUACGUACGUAUACUCAUGAAAAGCAUGGCUAGUUGUUAAAGAUAAGAUAGAUAAAUAUACAAGGUAUAUUUACUAUUAAUAUUAUUAAUAUACUGGUAUAUUUAUCAAUAAACGAUAAUAUAUUAAAUAAAAUAUAAUAUGGAAUUAAAGUGCGCAUGCGUUGUCGUACUAAAAGUCACCGACAGGGUCCGCGAACGAACAUAACGUCCUAUUAGAGGUAAAACUCACUAAGUGCAGUUUUUGAGAUUUUGACAUUUUCAUCAAUUUGAACUCAAGACCGUACUGCCCAGCCCUGGAGAAGUCACCUGGGGCUCUAACCCUUAUAAUUGCUGAGAUAAUUUAUGGUAUAAUUCCCUAAGUGCGUUAUUGUGAAUUUCGGUUUCAGGGUAAAGCUCAUUAAGAUUUAUUAUUGCACUUAGUGAAUUUUUCCUUACAAUAUGGAGUGCAUUAUUGUGAAUUUCGGUUUCAGGGUAAAAUUCAUUAAAACUUAAUAUUGCAGUUAGUGAAUUUUUCCUUGCUAUCUGGAGUGCCGAAUCGGUACUUAGUGAUCUUUCAAACAAUACAUUAGUAAACUUAACUGUGUAUUGUUUUUUAUUGUGUGCAUUAUCUAUUCGGCGACUGAUUAAAGAAAUGAGUUUAAAUUAUUUCUUUGUAGCAGAUAUCUUACAUAAACUGUAACAUAAUGUAUUUUGCGAAUAAGCAGGCGACUUGUGUGUUAUACUGUAUUGUUGAAACUGUAUACAUAUUAUAUUUGUGUGCAUUAUCUGUUCGGCGAUUGAUUAAAGGAAUAUUAGUUUAAAUUUCUUUGUAACAGAUAGCUUACAUAAAGGGUAACAUAAUCUAUUUUGCGAUUAAGCAGGCGACAUUUGUGGCUGUCAUAAAUUCCUAAAAAUGAAUGUUGAUAUUUCAACAAUAACAUUACUUCUGUUUCUAUCGCAUGUGAUUUUAUAGAGGCAACUGUUUUGUAUAAACUUAUUUGUUUUAUUAACAUUUUAUUCAUUACCUAUUUCUUUCAUUUUGAGUCCCAACGUCAUGAUACUUUAUGAAGACAAAUUCAUUAACUUCUCAAUAUCCAAUAAAAUUGUGUUCAUGGAAAAACUCAUCAAGUACAAAGUGUAGUUAGUGAGUUUUACUUCUAAUAGGAUAUCAACAUCCAAAUUGUGUUCGUGGAAAAACUCAUCAACUACAAAAAUAAUUGAUCUAAUAUUGAUAAUAUCAUAGCUCAUGUGACGAAACAUGGCUUAAAAUAACUGUUUUUUUUUAUUCUUUAAAAUUGCAUUAAAAAAAUCCAAUAUUCAAGUCAGGUGAAUUUAAAAAACAAUUUGUACCAUUAACUCGAUUUUUCUCCACUUUCUGAAAAGUGUAGUUAGUGACUUUUACCUCUAAUAGGACGAUAAUAACACUGACAUUACAAAAAUUCGCCAAAAUUGUCAUAUUUCGCCGCUACGAACACUGGCAGUCUCGUGUAUCCCCACCAUGGUCACGCACGGAGCGAAUAUACGACAAAAAAUUACUGUAUUUAAUGAAAAAAUGAGGAAAUUUACUGCAAAAGAAAUUUUUGAAUUUUUUGCACGUUUUUUCUUACGUCUUAGUCGCUUCAAUUUGUUUUAUUUAUUGUUAAUCUAGUCAAACUUAUUUAUUUUUGUGAUACAUAUUCUCGAUCUGUUUUAUAUUUAACGAUAUGUAGCAUAGUAUAGGAAAAUAUAUUAGAAUUAGUAUAGUCAUUAAAUUUAUUUGCACAAAGUGUGUAUUAGUUUGGCCAAUUUGUGCAAUAAAAAUGUAAAUAAAGAUGAAAACCUGACGUAGAAUACAUUCCAGUGAAUUUGAAAGUCACAAACUGUUCCAUUUUUGUUAAUAUUAAAAUAUUGAAACAAUAUUACACAACAGAUAAAGAAAAAUAUGAUAGCAGUGAUCGCUUCUAAGAUUCUAUAGUCUUUAUCUUUUUUCAACAUUGCCUGCAACAUUUUUAUGAGCAUUUUCUUUAAAAUCAAUCGAAUUAACUCUCAAGCUGAUACUUUGGAAUAACCUUUGGAACACCAAUAAUUAAAUAUUACCGACGAUAGAAUAAAACUUAUCAAAACUUGUUUUAACGCCUACACAUAUACGCAUCAUCGCAUUCAAUAAAAAUUCAACCACAAAUUUAUUCUUUAUGCAUUUGAAAGACGAAAUCAAUGAAGGAAAGAUGUGAAAACUGUGGGAUUUCCUAGGGAAACCUGCCUGAAAGUUGAAUUUUCUUUUGUAAAGAAAAUCGCAUGUGCUGCGAGGAUUUUUUGCCCAUUUGACGAAUCGAUAAAGGAGUAUUGAUUCUUUUUUUUUUAAUUUUGGCAUAAGGGUUGCUGGUGCCCUAAGGCUAUUAUGACCUAAACAUGUAAUGUUAGUAGGUCAUUGUCCGUAAUUUUCUCUUUUAUGUCACUUGAAAGUUUCUUAUUUUUCACGAUAAGAAACAAAAGAAAGCCUAACGGCAAGGUGGAAAAAGGAAAUUUUCACCUUAAAUAAAUUGAGGAAAAUUCGAUUUUUAGAAAAUUAAAUCAGGUGUUGUGAAAACAACAGUUAAAAUUAAUUCGCAUUUUUAUGAAUCUCUCUUGUAAAUCUGUUGGGACAAUCUGUAUUGUGUUUGAAAGAUUUAAUUCUCUGAAAACUUGAGUGUUAGUGUUGUGUUAGGACACAAAAGAUAACGGACAUAUGGUCGCUGCUUUGGCGUCUUCGGUGGUCGCAAGGGUAUAAACGUGUGUGGAUGCCAUGGAUUACGCUCUUGUUAAGUGACAUUCAGUCCCUUAAAACAAAAUAUUGCAGUUUUAGAAUAAAAACUGGGUAGUCCCUCGCCAGCCUCUCUACGGCGAAAUGUGUGCUCCUCUUUUCGUCGUGAAAAUACGUUACGCUCUCAAAAUAAUUACCCCUCUCGCUAAUUGUCAACACGGAAAUUUGUAUAAUAGACUCUUUCUCUCUUUUUCGCUACUAAGACAAUCUAUCGUUAAGCCGCUUAUUUGUCAAACUCGUUGUUGUUAAUAAAUAUUUUUGUCGCUUAUCACUUUUAUUUCUCGUGUGCACAACCCUUCAUAUCGUGUUAAUUAGUAACUAUAAAACCCGACCAAAUAAAUUCUCAGAACCAUUCGCCCUAAAAGUUCACUAGUUUGUUAAUAUCGAAGGACUCUAUUGCUUUGGGACAUAUGCGUGUGGUCCUAAAAUAUUCACCUAUGUCCAAUUAGGCAAAAGGUAAUAAUUAAACCCUUUUCGCCACUGUUGGGGUGAGAUUCAAUAAAACCUCACACCACCAGGUUGAACUUUAAAUUUCCUUCUUUAAAGCCUAUCUCACAUGACACUUUUAGUACACAGAAAGGCAUUUGGGAUAAAAUCGUGGUUAAACUUAGUAUUGAAAUCUGACAGUACCUACACAUACUUAUUUGGUUAAACAUAAAUGAUAUUGAUAUUACUUCACACACUGUCUUAAUCACACAUUUCUAUACACCGCAUUCAUGAAAUCUGAAAGUUGUAUUAAUAUAUAUUUUGUAUAUACUUAAAAACUUUUAAAAAUGUAAACUUGUAUUAAAUUAUGAAAAACGUGGCAUUAGAAAAAUAUUAAUAAAAUUGGUAAUUUUC